AUGACAACAGUGCCGACAAUAGUGUUGGCGACGGUGGUGGUGGCCGACGGUGGUGUCGGCGAUAGUGGUGGUGGCCGGCGACACCAACCAACACCACCCACCACCACCUCCACCACCAACAACCACACCUACCACCAGCACCCACCACCACUACCACCAAUUAUUACUGACCACCACCACCCGCCUCCACCACCAUCCUCUAACAUCGCCCCCACCCAUUACCCACUAAAAUCGCGACCCGCCACUAUAAUCACCACCUACCACCACCCAACCAACACCACAACCCACCACUCGCACUUACCUCCACCAUCCAUCACUACCACUCCCACCCACCUCCAUGACCUAUCACCACCACCUGUCACCACCACCAACCAUCACCCUCCACCACCACCACUCGUCACCACCCACCACCAUCACCCAUCACCACUAUCCGUCAUAACCACCCACCAAAACCACCAUCCGCCACCACCAUAA